CCUUUCCGCAUGUUCUGUUGGUGUGGUGCGAACUUCCUCAUCGGAGUCAAAACUUCACAGUCCAGCCUCGCUCUUUUAUAGAAUAACUCCAGGAUCCGUGUUGUUUUUUUCUUUCCUGAACUCACAAAUGUCGAAGCCCCCUCCCAAACCGGCCAAACCAGGCCAAGUGAAAGCGUACAGAGCCUUAUACACAUUUGACCCCAGAUCGUCUGCUGAACUGUAUUUCGAAGAGGGAGACAUCUUGUACAUUUCUGACACAAGCGACAGCAACUGGUGGAAAGGAACAUGCAGAGGGAGAACUGGCUUCAUACCAAGCAACUACGUGGCUGAGAAUGCAGAAUCCAUCGACAACCCAAUGCAUGAGGCUGCCAAGAGAGGAAAUCUGAGCUGGCUACGGGAAUGCCUAGAGAACAAAGUGGGAAUCAAUGGUCUAGACAAAGCUGGAAACACUGCCCUCUACUGGGGAUGCCAUGGAGGACACAAAGAUGUGGUGGAGGUGUUACUAAACCAGCCGAAUGUGGAACUGAACCAACAGAAUAAACUGGGAGACACUGCUCUGCACGCGGCGGCAUGGAAGGGAUACGCUGACCUGGUGGAGAUGUUGUUGAAUAAGAAUGCAAGGACAGACAUCAAGAACAAUGAGAACAAGUUGGCUUUGGAGAUGGCCACCAAUGCUCAGUGUGCGUCACUUCUGAAGAGGAAGCAGGGAGGCAAUGUCACUCGGACACAUAGUAACGCUGAGGAGUAUCUGGAUGACGAGGACUCGGACUAAGGGUUUGAGCCGGUGCAACAUCCUGGUCUUCCAUCGCGCUUUGGGUGAUGGGAAGCGAGAACGGGAAGAGGAAGCGGGAUAAGAGUUUUAUUUUUAUUAAAUAACAAAUGAACUGGCUGCUGCCUCUAGGCCUGUCACGAUAAAACACAAAACAAAAGUGCGAUAUAUUGAUGUAGUAAAUAUAGAUUAUAAAUCAUAAUAUUGAAACCAAACCUUAAAGCAGAAUUAUCCCCCAAAAAGUAUUCUAAAUAUACAAACUUUCCAAAAAAAAACAAAAACAGAAUGCAACACUUACAUAUUUAGCUUGUAUCAUAGACGUUAAUAAUUCAGCCUUCUACAUCUCAAAUCUCAUCGUAGUACAGAAAAAUUGGGAGGGGCAGACCCAGGACGCGCCGAAGGGACCGUGUCUCUUGGCUGACCUGGGAACACCAUGCGGCUCCCAAUGUAGGAGCUGGAGGAAGUGUCUGGAGUGUGGGAGUCCCUGCUUAGUCUGCUGCCCCUGUGACCCAGCCCCAGAUAAGCAAAAGAAAAUGGAUGAGUUCACUGGAAAAAGUACCAAUGAGAUGUCGCAAUUAUCAUGACAGGGCUCCACCUUCAUCUGUAAAACCUUUGCAGUAACUUGAGGUUGAGGUUAAGUCAAUUAUGUACAUACAGGAAAAGCACAUUCCAGACCCAGUUUAUGUUCAGCCCAUCUAAACUGGAGCAUUAAAAUACCAGAACAGAUUAUAACAUUGUACUGUGAGUGUCCAAGUGUCUGAUUCACACUCACAACCGUUGUCUCUGUUCUCUUUCGCUUCUUCCGCUUUUAAAUGCGCACUAUGGAACUUUUCUCAUAGUCGCCAUGGAGAACUUAUUGCUUUGGCUGAUAAUGUUCUACAGUAUCUCAUUAAAUGUAUCUCCAUGGAGACUAGCACCAGGGCAAAUUGCAGGUCAGAUCUGUGAAGAGGUGCUCACAGUUCAGAAUGUGUGAGAUUAAAGGGGCCAUGUUACACUAUUUUCUGAUUUAUGUUAUAAUGUUGUUUCCUCAUCGCAAACAGACUUGGAGUUGUGUUUUGUUUCUUCUCUCAAACUGAAUACAGAAAGUGCUCCACUGUGUUUUUAAACUCCACACACCUUCACUAGAAUCAUUUGGAUGAUUUCAGCCCUACAUUUGCCAAUUUCUACCAAAAAAGUAGGCUGCUUUUAAACUACUGCUUCAUGACAUCACAAGGUGGAACAGAGCAUUUUGAGCUUUGGAGAUGUAGACAGAUUAAUAAUAAAGGGUUACUCAAACAUGUGUGAAUGAAACAAAACACAACUCCAGCUCCAUAACUUAAUGCUCACAAAAGUCAAUUUUGCAUAAUAUAGGACCUUUUAUGCUAUACUGUGGGACAUUUUAGGCAAAGCAGUAACAUCUCCAUGGAGAGGACCAGGGAGCUAAUGCCCCAUUAAAAAAGUUACAUGGUGCACUUUUAAGCAAACAUUUAACGCAGCUCUGAUCACUGUUGCUUAAAAUACUGUACAAAUCUUUUUAUAUAUGUGUAUAUACACACACAAGGCUCCACAGUCGUGAAUAUAAUCUGGCCAAGGGAAUUUAAAAACUGUAUUUUUUGUUUUGUUUUUAUUGAGUGCUAAAGAGCUUAAUGGGCAAAAUGUGCAUUUAAAGGGCCCAUAUUACACUGUUUUUUUUAAAUUUAUGCCAUUUCCUCAUCAGACAUAACGAGUUGUGUUUUGUUUCAUUCACACAUGUUUAACGCACAAACCCUGUAUAUUUAGGCUGUGUUCUUCUCUCAAACACUCUGAAAACACUCUGUUCCACCUUGUGAUGUUAUGUGGUAAUACAUGAAGUGCUCCACUGUGUUUUUAAACUCCAUACAUCUUGACUAGAAUCAAUUGGAUAAUUUCAAAUGUGGGAUUUCCAGUCUCUACUUAACUAAAUGUAAAAGGAGCUUUUAACUUACCACUUCAUGACGUCACAAAGUGGAACAGAGCAUUUUGAGCUUAGGAGAUGUAGACAGACUGAUAAACCAGGAUUCCACAAACAUGUUUGAAUGAAACAAAACACAACUCCAGGUUUGUUUUUGAAUAGGUAACAACAUUAUAACAUGGCUUGAAGCUCACAAGAGUCAGUUUUGUGUAAUAUUGGACCGUUUGGCUUUGUAAACAUUCCCUCUCCUUCCCAAAGGCAUGCAACCAGUUUUACCUCUGCAAAGCAUCAUUACCAUUUGUACUGCCAACAGCGAACUUUUAAAAUGUCUUAAUAUCACGAUGAGAAGCCUUUGAUUUUCAUUCUGGGAUUAUGAGUGUGUUUGUCUUUUUACUGCUGCUCUGAGACAAUAUAAUAUGAAUAAAGUGCCUUAUGU